AUGAACAGACACACAGAAAUCAAGAGUAGUAAGACUUCAUAUUCAAGGCUAGAGGAAACCAGAGACUCCGAUGAUUUGUACAGAUUUUUGAAAUCUCAAAAAAAUGCGGAUAGUAACGUCUGGAAAAAUUAUGUCUUCUUAUUGGAAUGUCGAAAUCAAAAAAGAGAGUCGUCUGCUACCAAGAAUAACAAAACUGUCGUGAACUCUGGAAAUCAAAGUAAACCAUCAACAUACGCUGGUAAGACAUCAACGACAAGCCUCAACCAAGGACAAUCAAGAAAAUCCAGUUUCCCAUUACCAAAUACGAGACAAAGCCCUAGCCAAAGUUAUGUUUAUAAUAAGGGAUCAAGACAAAAUAUUAGGAGUCAGACAGUCGAGAAUAGUGAGGUACAACAACAAAUGAGAUCCAUCAAUGAGAUCCAAAACAACAAAUUAAUGGAAGAAAAUGAAAAGCUAAAGGAAUCUGUAAACCAACAAAAGCAACAAAUUGAGGAACUGACAACAAGAUUGAGCAGAUAUGCCAGUCAGCAAUUAACGCAAGGAAACCCAAAUAUAGCUGACCUUAGUGAUAAGAAUAGGCCAACUAAAAUUGGAGAAAAGUUUGCCUUAGUGUAUGAUGACCAAUGGUCAGAAGCCUUUGAAGCAUUAAAAGAAGAAGGAAAGACAGAAGAGACUGUAGUCACAGAGCUAGCUAAUUUAGUCCAGGAAUGCUACAAAUUUUCUGAUGAGACUAAAGAUAAAAUGAGACACGAGUUGAUGAAAAGAACAGCCGAGGUGAUCAGAAACCCAUUGCCAUCAUCACUGUCGAUUGCAGAAGAACUGAAAGAUGUCCAGUUAACAGGGUCAAAUGCCAUUUUAAAUGACCUUUUGAAAAAAUAUGGAGAACAGUCAGUCAAAUCUCUUAAAAUGGCAUUCAGAAAACAGAAGGAGGGCUACACACGUGAUAAAAGACUUACUGAUUAUCUAGACAUUCUGGUUGAACUCACGUGGAACAUGGUCCUACAGGAUCCGCCAAUGGCCCUAAAUUUUGCUAAAAACGGAGACAAAAUCGACGAGAAGUCAUUCAAACACUACAGCAAGAAAGGCAAUAUCGUGCUCCUUUGUGUCUGGCCGGCUUUACAUCUGUAUAAUGGAGGACCAAUCGUAUCGAAAGGCUUUAUCCUUCCUCAGUAAUGGGCUGCCAAUAGUACAAUAUGUACGAACUUUGUAAAUUAAAAACUGGACCAUAUUUCCCCCUCCUUUCAUAUUGAUAUGAAUUCAACUCGUUUUGGCUUUUUGAUGCCAGAGAAAAAUCAUAUUUUCUAAUUGUUCUUUUUUUAAUAUAGGUAC